AUGUCCAUUAUGUACAUUCCACAGAAACGUCAAAAUGAAAGCAACAAGAAUAAUAUCUUUAUUAUUUGUGCCGUGAGCAUCAUAUUUGCGGUUGCAGUCGGUGUGGCCGCCUACUUCCUGUCCCGACAACUACGACAACGAAACUACGAACCGAAAUACCUUCCGGGGAAAUUCCUCAAGCGAAAAUGGAAACAAUGGGGCACAGGGAGUGCUUCAUACGGCGAGGUUCCAAAUCAAAGUGGUCAAGAUACCUCUUAUCGUGGAGCUACCGCAACACCAGAGAUGCAGACCAAUGAUGGCGUCCGCCGCGAUACCUCAAUCCGUUCUAUUAUGACCCUACCCCCCUAUUCCCUCAGCCCAAAGCCGACCGAACAAGUUAUCGCCCGGGAGGGUGAACGCGGUGGGAUGGAUAUGGUCCUGGAAUACCCCGAGACCGCAGAAGAAGAGGAGACUCGCCGUGAGGAACAAAUGGACUCGUUGUAUCAGAUCCGCCUGCAGCGCCGUCAACAACUAGCCGAUCGCGAGGCACGCCGUCGGGAACGAAGAGAAGCCCAGGCACGUGGGGAUGCCGCUCGUCUUGAACAGCUGAAUGCUGAAACUCGCGCUCGGACGCAACGUCGCCGUGCAGGAACCAACAGCGCUAUCGAUGUAAACGCAGUGCUAGCCGAGCAUCAAGCGAGAGAGCGGGAGCGACGCAUCGCUAGUGUUAGCUAUGCUGAAAUUGGACGUGUUCGCCAUGAUGGAUCACGGCUUCGAGCCGACUCGCACACUUCUUACUCGCAUGAUUCAGAUCGACGACCGCUGUUGCAAAGUGACGCUUCUAGCUCCAACGCGCCAUCCUUCGAACUAUCCAACGUCAACUCUCGGGGCCACUCCUUCGCUUCGUCGAUUACGAGCGAUUCAAAUCUUGCUACCGAACUUGAUCCACUAUCUUUAACCCCAAGCACGACACACGGCUCGAGCCGACCAGUAUCACAAACCGAUGACGGAGACCUGGGGAUGCUCAACAUGCCUCCACCUCCCGAUUACGAGCACCUGGACUGGGGUGAUGCCCCUGCGUACCAAAGUCCUAUUACGGAGCAGAAUGAACAGGCGCGACAGCUCCCAACUAUCAAUCGUUUGCCUUCGAUCCACGUCAAUUUACCCAGCCCCAUGACUGUGUCUCCCGUGACUCCGACUCAGUCACAAUUCCAGAGUACCAAUAAUGAUGAACCCCCAACCCCGACAGAUCCGACGUCGAGGAUACGAAUGGUGUCAGCGGAAUCGGCAACUACCACACGCGGUUCAGAACCCAGCCUCAAUGAGACAACCUCCACCUCUGAGAGCAACCAUUGA